AUGAGCUGGGCGGUGGAGGAGUGGAAGGAUGGACUUCCAGGGAAAGCCCUGCAGAAAAUCCAGGAGAUGGAAGUCCAGCUGGAUAAACUGAAGAAAGAAAGGAGCCAGAAACAGUUUCAGCUGGACUCCUUAGAGGCUGCCCUGCAAAAGCAGAAACAAAAGGUGGACAGUGAACGUACAGAGACCUCUGCUUUGAAAAGAGAGAACCAGUGUUUAGUAGAGUCAUGUGACUCUCUGGAGAAAACCCGUCAGAAGGUCGUUCAUGACCUCGGAGUCAAAGAGCAACAGGUGAGCUAUCUGGAGGGUCAACUUAACUCCUGCAGGAAGACCAUAGAAAGACUGGAGCAGGAGCUCAAGAAGUACAGAAAUGAAUUGGAUCGUUCUCAGCCAGCUGGCUCUUGCUCCUUGUCAUCCUCCUCCUCUGAGAUUCAGCCUUACACCACUCCACAGAAAAGUUUCUCUACCCCAGCUCCUGUUCCAGCCUACAGACAACAGGAUAAUAGACUAGAGGAGCUUCAGGAGAAGUACAGCCAGGAGGUAGAGGAAAGGAAAAAGCUGGAGACUGAACUUAAAGUCUUGCAGGUUAAACUGUUGAAUCAGUCAUCAGUCAGUGUAAGCCACAAGGACAUUGCUGCCCGCCAAGCUGGAUCUUCCAUAUUCCCAUGGCAACAACAAGAUCAGGCCCACAGCCGACAGUCUCAGGAUGCAAUGGAAACACCUCUGAAGAGGCGAGGGGCAUCCCUGUGGGACACGCAUGAGGAGACACCUAUCAAACCCAACCAGAGAAUGAGCUCCUCCAGAGCAGCACAGAGUCCCAGUGGAUCCUAUCAACAGAUGGAGCAGCUGAAGACUCUCAACCAAGAGCUGCGUGGCCGUGUGUCAGAGCUGGAGAGAAAUCUGUCCAAUCAGGAGAAGGAAAUUCGUAGCCAGGCCGUCAAGCUGCAGGAACUGCAAACCCAACUUAACCAGGCCCGCAAAGACUUGACUGAACGGGACAGAGACAUCGCCAAGACUAGCCAUGAGCUGAGUCAGGUUACAGACAGACACCAGCAGGCCGAGGCCAAGUGUUCCUCAGUUGAGCAGAAGCUGAAACAAGUCACAGAGGAGAUGAACUGUCAGAGGCACAAUGCUGAAAGCUGCAAACGAACCCUGGAGCAGAAACUCAAAGACCAAGAGAGAGACAGUCAGAAGGAGCUAGCCCAGCUGCAGAGUUCCCACAAUGCUUUGGAUCAGCAGCUGAACCAGACCAGAACCAAGCUAACACAAGAGGUCCAACAGUCCAAAAAAGACUACAAUGUACUGCAGGCUGACAUGGAGAAGAUGGGUUUCCAGAGGAGAGGGAUGGAGAAGGAGGUGGAGGAGCAGAAACAGAAACUGCUGAGGUCAGAGCAGAGCCUCCAGGCCAGCCAGACCAAAGAGCAGGACCUCCGCAAGAAAAUGGAGGAGCUGCAGAAAGAGAAGAACAGUGUGACUGUCCAAUUGGACCAAAGCAGCAGACGUCUUUCUCAGCUAGAGGAAGAGAAGAAGAGCGCAGACCAGAGUCUCAAACGCACACAGGGGCAACUAGAUGACCUCAAAGCAAAAUCAGAGGGACAGUUAGAAGAGCUGAAGAAACUUCAGUUGAAACUGGAGCAGCAGACUCAGGCUUCAGCCCGAGAGCUGGACAACUUGAGGAAGACACUUUCUGAUGCAGAAACCAAAAAUGACAGAUCUCAGAAUGAACUACAGAAACAGAAACAGGAGACAGAGAGGGUGACCAACAGGUUCAUGGACCUAGAGAAGGAGAGCCAAGAGCUGAAAUCCAAUCUCACUGCGAGUCAGAGUGAGUGUAAGGAACUGAAACAAGAACAUCAAGCUUUGCUGGAGUGGAAGAAAGAGAAGGAGACCAUGAUUAAUGAAACUGAAGCUGUGCAAAAGGAGCUCAGGGACAAAAUGAACAACUUGGAGAGCAGUCUCAGCUCCCUGAAUGAGACUAGUGAUGAACUUAAGAAGCAGCUCAUGAGUGUGGAGGCAGACAAGGCAAGUCUGUCUGCUCACAUCGAUUCCUUGAAGGGAGAACUCCUCAACAAAAGCACCGAGUUGGAGGAGAGAGAACACCAGUACAAGGAGCUCCAGUCUCAACUCUCUGAGGCUGGACAGAAGCACACCAAAGAACUGGAAAAUGUUGGUGUGCAAGUGGCACAGCUUGAAGCUCAGGUCAAGAAUCUGGAGUUGCAGUUGCAAAAGGAAAUAACUCGAGCAGAGCAAGCUGAGAGGACAAACACUCAGCUGCUGGACGAGCACCAGACAGCCUGUGACCUGGUCCGCUCCAAAGACCAGCUGGUAGAGCUGGGCCAGGCUGAGAUCAGCCAGCUGAGAGAGAGCCUCUCACAGACCACUGCUCAGCAAGAGGAGCAAAAUGCCAGGUUGGCGGAAGAGAAGGCAACCUUGCUAAAGCAAUGUGAGGAGAGUGUUUCAGCGAAGAUUGAAGAGACAGAGCAGAUCAAGCUGCGGUUUGAUGAGUCCCAGCAAGAGCUGCUGCUCACCAAAAAUCAGGUCAGUUCCAUGCAGCAGUUCCUGAAGGUCCAGGAGCAACUGGGAGCUGAGUUGCAGAAAGAAAUUAAGACACUAUCAGACAAUCAAGAGGAACACAAAAAGAUGUAUGAGAAAAAAUCAGAAGAGCUCAAACUGUUAGAGGGGGAACUGAAGGACCAGCAGGGUCAGACAGAGGAGAAGGAGAAGCAGCUCAGAGAGGCUGAAGCUCAGAUUUUGUCUCUUGAGAAACAAAAGGCUGAGCUGGAAAAUGUAAUGCAACAGAUGAAGAAAGAAACAGAGAUCAUCCAGCAUGUUGAGACCGAGAAGAUCAACCAUCUUCUGGAGCAGAUAUCUUCCUUAGAAGAAACGGUGGCUUCAAACAAUGAUGCAGCGGAGAAGCUUCCAGUCUUGAAGAAUGAACUGGAUGUGGUCAACCAAUCGCACACUGACCUUAAAAAGUCUCUAGAAGCUCUUGAGAAGAGUCACUCCUCCACUAUUCAAAUCAAGUCCAACCUGGAGAACACCCUGACAGAGAAAAGUAACCUGGUCUCUGCUUUGGAGAAAGAGGUCAAAGAGCUCACAGACAAGAUGAGUAAAGAGUUGGAGAGUCACGCUUCAGAGAUUGAGAAUUUCCUCAACAAAGAGAAGAACCUUAAAGAGCAGCUCCAAGCCACUAAGCAAUCAGUAACUGCUGCCAAAGCUGAAUUGAGUUCUCGUCGAGAGGAGAUCAGGACCAUGAAGACAACUCUGUCUGCUGCUUCACACGGCUUGGAAGAGAGAGACAACACAAUAAAGAGUCUGAAGGAGAAGCUAAAUAAAGCGGAGGCAGAGCAGGCCAAAACCUCUGAUCUCCUGAAGGAGAAGAUGGCCGCCAUGAACAAAAUCAAGGUGCAGCUGGAGAUGCUGCAAAUGGACUUGGAAGACAAUGAGACAGCCAUGAACACUUUUGACAGUCAAGUGGAGGAGCUGAAGGGAACUAUAGAGUCACUGGAGGCCCAGCUCGCUCAGAAUGAGACCCAGAUGUCUCACAUGGAGGCCAGGCUGGAGGACAGCAAAGCGCAGGUCUCUGUCUUGGAAUCCCGCUUAGAGGAGGUCCAAUCCCAGAACUCUGUGCUGGAGACACAAUAUGUCACAGCUAAGGAGGAGUUAUUCGACAGAAGCUGUGAAAUAACUCGUCUGGAAGAGGACGCUGUGAAAGGAAAACAGCUUGAGGAGAGUGUUGCCGCAUUAGAGUCUAAACUCUGUCAGAUCACAGAGGAAAACAUCAAGUUAGAGACAGCUCUCAGGCAGAUAACUGAAGACAAAGACAAUGAUCUCAACCAGUUUCUCCAGGAGAAAAACAUCUUUGAGACUACUUUGAAACAAUUAACAGACAACAAAGAGCAAUCUAGUGUGAAUCAAGUAACUGAAGAGAAGCUGCAGUUACAAGAAAGCACUGAGAGGCAUGAAAAUGAGGUGGCGUCACUUAAAGGGGAGAAGGAGUGCAUCCAGCGCUUGCUCCAGGCCUCGGAGCAGGAGCACCAGAGGACUGAGGAGGAGAACAGAGAGAGGAGCCACCAGUUUGAGGCAGAGCAGGCCCAACUGCAUCAAAAGCUGGCGAGCUUACAGAAGGAGCUGACUGUGUUCAGGCAGCAGUACGAGUCACUGUUGGAGCAGGUGGGCGAGCAACACAGCGCCAUACAACAGCUGUCAGAAUCACAGAGAACCGAGGGGCCAGGAGAAGAAAUCAGCCACAUGGAGUCUGAGGAGACAGACAUUGGUGUUUCCCCAGUGGAAGCAGAAGGACAGAUUGAUGUGGAGCUAACACAUGAUUCAAGUACAAAAACUGAGUCCCUUCCAGUUAAGGAGCAGCUGAGCCCUGUAGUGUCUGAACUGGGUGAACUUUCACACCAGUCUGACGAGGCUUUCAGUGAGACAGAGCUGGUCUUCAAGGAGGAAGUCAUUGAUCGAGAAAUGAUCCAAGAACAUGUGGAGGAGGAGAGGCAGGCAUGUGUGGUAGAGGAAACGAGAAGUAAUGAGGAGGAGAAACUACACCACCAAGAGCAACCCUCAGAUCAGGUUCCUGAAGACAGCAGUCGUCCCAGAGAUGUUCUUGAAAAUGACCCUGAAGUCUGUGAAAUGUCUCGACCCAUGUCCUCCUUGAGUGAGACCAAAGAAUUAAAAUCCCCUGCGAGAGACUUAUCCAAGGGACAAGAUGACCUCACCCACUACAAAGAAAUGAUCACAAAACAAGAAAAUGAGCUCCAGACCCUGCGCUUAGAGUUUGACUGUCUGAACUCUGAACUAGCACUGAGAAAGGAGCUGACAUCCGAACUGGAAGUCCAAGUUACAAACUUGGAAAAGAAAGUUCAUGCAGCAGAGGAGGAGGCACAUAGUGCAGCACACAAACUGAACAUUACCCUGGAGGAGAAGACAGACCUUGCUGACCAGUUGGUGCGGCUGUCAGAGGAGAGGGAGACGUUAACUCUACAGCUACAAACAGCUAAAUGUCAGCUGGCUGAUGUUAUAGAGAUGCUGGAAGGACUGGAGAUGGCCAAAGGUGGAUGCGACGAGAAGUUCCUUCAGCAGGAGAGUGAGUUGAAGAGGGUUCGCUCUGAGAAAGCUAACCUGGAGCAGCACAUCCUGGGCAUGGAGUCUGAGCUGGAGACCAUGCAGGUGGAGAGGGCCAGACUGCAGGAUGAGAUGGAGACUAAGAAGAGGACUUGUUCAGGCAUGGAGCAGCAGAUAGAAACACUCAUGGCAGAGACAAGCCAGCUGAGGUCUGAGCUUGUGUCCUGCACUGAGGAGCGAGAUGAGCUGAACCAGUCUUUGGGGCUCUGGAGAGAGAAAGUUCACAGUCUGGAGAAAACGAACGGUGACACCAGAAACCUAAUUUCCAUCCUGGAGGACGACAUCAGAGCAGGGAGGAAGGAGUAUGAAACCCUGCAAGGCAACAUGGAGAAACUGAAGACAGAGAGGCAACAGCUGUUGGAGCAGAUUAACGUGCAGGAGCAGGCAAUCUCUCAACAGAGUGGAGAAAGAGAGGAGCUUAUUGGCCAUCUUAACCAGAUCAAAGAAGACCACAGCUCUGUCAAUCAAAGCACUGAGUCCAUGGUCAGCAAGAUACAGGCUUUAGAGGGAGAAGUGAACCGUCUUUCACAGUCUUUAGAGUCCUCUCUACUGGAAAAAGGAGAGAUUGCCUCUCGUCUGAACGCCACACAAGAUGAGGUCCAGCAGAUGAGGACUGGUAUUGAAAAGCUUCAGGUCCGCAUUGAGUCAGAUGAGCGAAAGAAAAAGAAGAUGGGAGAGCUGCUGAAAGCUGCCCAGAGAAAGUCAGACUUGCUGCAAGAUCGCAUUGAUGCCCUGGAGCGAGAGAAGGAAGAUGUAGAGCAAAGUCUAGAGGAAGCUUUUCUACAGGCUGAGACAGCCAAAGCUGAGCUGGAGGAGGAGAGGAGAAAGGUGGAGGAGGAAAAGGCAAAGCUCAGUGAGAAACUAUUGGAGCUCUCUGCCAUGCUGGAAAGCCUGAGAUCUGAGAAACAACACAUGGAGAGAGAGUUGGAAACGAAACACAGAGAGAUAGAGGAACUGAAGGCUGCUAAAGAAGAGCUGGAGAGAGGAUUGGAGAAGGCCGAGGUAGAUAGGAGAGAGGAAGAGGAGAGACACAAAUACAAGGUAGAAGAGCUUGAGAAAGGGCUGAGAGAGGAAGCAGAGAGACAAAUUAGAGAAGUUGAUUGCCUCCAGGAGCAGCUGGAAGCCUCUCGUCAAAGGGAGAUCUCACUUGAACAAAAGAGCGCAGAAACAGAAGUGGAGAAAGACAGGGUGCAGUCUCUGCUGGUAGAGUUGGAGAAAGAGAAACAGUGUCUGCAGAGUUCUCUGGAGGAGUGGCAGACAGAGGGAGACAGGCUCCGCUCUCAGGGAGACGAGUGGGAGAAGGAGAGAAACAACCUGAGGGCCCGUAUUGAGGCUUUAGAGGGUGAAAUUAAGGAGCUUAAAACACUCAUAAAAGCUAAAGAGGAAGAGAAAGACAAAGAACGGAUAGAAGGAGAAAAUGGACGAAUGGUAGAGGAAAAAGAGAAACUGCAGUCCACCUUAUUGUCAGUGGAACAAGAGAGAAAUGAGCUGCGCUGCACUCUUGCUUCUGUAAAAGAAGAGAAGGAAAGACUAGAGCAAGAGAGGGAGGUGGUUGCUAAUGAGGAAAAGAAGCUUCAAACUAGACUUGCUUUGAUAGAAGAGGAGAAACAUGACAUGCAACAAACUCUUUCUUCACUCAAGCAAGAGAACAAAAGAAUAGAGGAGGAGAAACAGAAGUUAGAGGUUGAAAAACAGGAUUUGCAGUCUUCCCUUUCUUUGAUUGAAUCAGAGAAAGAGAACCUGUGCUCAGCUCUGUCUGUACUGGAAAAAGAGAAGCAAAGAGCAGAAGAAGAGAAAGAGAAACUCUCAGAGAGCCUCCAGUCUACUGUUGCCUCUAUGGAGAAAGACCUGGAAACACACAAAUUGUCCGUCGCACAAUUCAAUGAGCAGGUGUCAGAUCUAACAUCUCGUGCUGCUCGUCUGUCCAAAGAGAGAGACUCUGCUCUCAGCAAGAUGAAUCUUUGGAUGAAAACCUGCAAACAGCUGGAGCAAGAGAAGCAAAUGAUGUUAAACAGCUCAGGAAAUCAAAAGAGCACUGAGGCGGAAAAAACCAAGGAGAUGGAAGAACUUAAGGCUGCUCUCGAUGGAAGGAAGAGGGAAUUAGAAGAAAAAGAUAAAGAGCUGGAGGAGAUGAAGAGUGAGUUGGAAGAAGUGAACAAACUUCUGGAGGAGAAGAGCACAGAGGCUGAUGAGAGCAUGGAUAAAUACUGCAGUCUGAUGGUUGAAGUUCACAAACUGGAAGAGGCCAACAAUGCACUGACCACUCGGCUAGAACAGAUUACCGUUAGCCAACGUGCCAAUGAGGCUAACACCCAUUCUAGCAGUGCUGUCAAUGCUCAUCUCCGACGCUCAGGAAGGAAGUCUUCCUCGAAACAUCAGGGAGAAAAGAUGCAUGAAAACACGGAGAACAUGGCUCCCUCAACACCUCAGAGGUCAUCUCCAGGGAAACGGGGUCACCGUGACAUCAGUGAUAAAGACAGCGCCCAAGAGGCCCUGCACAACCUGACAAAGAAGAUCAAAGCUAAUGCGGCGACUACACCCAAACCAAGUACUGAACAGGACGAUGAGUUCAGGCCAGAGGGACUUCCUGAGCUGGUGCAGAAAGGCUUUGCUGAUAUUCCCCUCGGGGAGAUGAGUCCAUUCAUCAUGAGGAGAACCACAGUGAAACGCUGCAGUCCUCGGCUGGCUGCCAAGCAGACUGUUCUCACAUCUGCCCCUGAUGGCAAGCUUUUGGGGCCCACACCACUUGAGAGUCCCUCUGCAGACAGCUCCAACAGGAAGAGUCUCUCCCCAAGCAGCGAGGAGAAACCUGUGUGUCAAUCACUCAGCUUACUGAAAACACCAGAGCAAAAAGACCAAACACAUCAAGGAGACAACUGUCACGUUCAGUAGAUUGAUGUGU